CCUACUGUUUUUCAUGACCCCAGGGUUCUCCAAGAUUUACGGAGGGCUGGAUUUUAUGGGGUACACCAUGUGCACCCAAUUAGAUUUGAUCAUGGUUUAAUCACUGCUCUCAUUGAGCGGUGGAGACCGGAGGUGCAUGCUUUUCAUUUCCCUUUUGGAGAGAUGGGUAUCACUUUACAGGAUGUAGAGUGUCUAUUGGGUCUCCCCGUUAACGGAUUUGCAUUUCUUGGGUUGAGACACACCGUAGAAGAGAGAGACCAUGAUUUUUUGCAUGCUCUGAACUGGACACUUCUUGAUGAACAUCUGGGCCGUCCUGACCAAUUUAAGAUCAAAGAAUUGUUUCCACGAAAUCCUGAACAGCAAGUUCAACCAAAUGCUGGAUGGACAAAUCGGGAGGUGGAGCAAUACACAGCUCGGGUCAUCUAUGGGUAUUUGGCUGGUCUUUUGUUUCCAGACUCAUCUGGCCGCUUUGCACCUACAGAUUUUGUAUCAUAUCUGGGAGAUUUUGACACGAUUGCAAAUUUUAGUUGGGGUUCAGCUGUACUUGCAAGAUUAUUUAGUGGUUUAUGUCGGGCCUCCCUUAGAGUGAAUAAUGCCCGUCCAUGUGGAUAUAUGCUACUUCUCCAACUCUGGGCUUGGGCACGAAUCACAACUAUUUGUCCGGAUGUGCACUCUCUUCCCCGACACCGGCAUGAUGAUUAUGUACCUGGGAAUGACCCACAUGGUGGAGGAUGUCUAAGGAAUACUCUCGUACCGCACGACAAAAUGUGCGGUAUUUUAGAGACCAAUUUGAUGGGCUUUUGGAGCGUCACAUCCUUUGGCAACCGUAUAAUGUACAAGUCUUGCAAGAGUAUUGUAGUAGAGGACGCACAUCUGCAUCUCCCAUUGCCGAUCUUCAUCUCAGAUUUGAAAUUGACCAAUACAAAUACCCACGAAGCCGCUGGAGUCGGAUUGGGUGCUCAUCCAUCUUGCCACCACCACAAGGUAGCUGAUUUACUUGAAGGACAUCUGGACCUUAUGGAAGGUUUCAAUGAGUUUAUAAACCACUGUGAUAACAUAGAUGGUUACCUUACUGCUACCCUGAAUAAAUCAUCCCUAUGGAAUGAUGGGAAAUUUCCCAUAUUGGUGAAGGUAGAAGAAACUCAAGAAAGAGAUAAAGAUCAGGAUCAUGUGUGGGAAGAAAGAGAUCAAGAUCAUGAUACCAGAGAGGGGGACAUGCCUAAAGAUUUACUGGCACAGAAGAUCUUCUCAAGCAAGGAUAAGUAUAUCGGGAAACCUAUACAUGAACUUGACCUCUCUGACUGUGAGCAUUGCACUCCCAGUUAUAGACUUCUCCCUAAGAAUUAUCCAAUUCCAAUAGCAAGCCAGAGAACUGAGAUAGGCAAAGAGGUUUUAAAUGAUCACUGGGUUUCUGUAACUUCUGGGAGUGAAGAUUACUCAUUUAAACAUAUGCGUAAAAACCAAUAUGAAGAGAGCUUAUUUCGUUGUGACGAUGACAGGUUUGAGUUGGAUAUGCUGUUGGAAUCUGUAAAUGUGACCACGAGACGUGUUGAAGUAUUGCUCGAUAAGAUCCACGAUAGUACAAGAAGUGAUGACACCCCCAUUCGGGUUGAAGACUAUCUCAAUGCUCUCAACCUAAGAUGCAUAGAGCGUCUCUACGGUGAUCAUGGGCUUGAUGUUAUGGAUGUGUUGAGGAAGAAUGCACCACUUGCUCUGCCUGUAAUUCUGACUCGGUUGAAGCAGAAACAAGAGGAAUGGGCAAGGUGUCGUUACGAUUAUAAUAAAGUAUGGGCUGAUAUUUAUGUUAAAAACUAUCAUAAAUCACUGGAUCAUCGUAGUUUUUACUUCAAGCAACAGGACACAAAGAGCUUGAGUACUAAAGCAUUAUUGGCUGAAAUAAAAGAAAUUGGUGAAAUGAAGUGCAAAGAGGAUGAUUUGCUUCUUUCUGUUGCUAUCGGGAAUAGACUGCCAGUAGUUCCUCAUUUGGAAUUUACGUUUCCUGAUCCUGACAUCCAUGAGGACCUUUAUGAGCUCAUUAAGUUUGCUUGUGAAGAAUUUUGCACAACGGAGCAGCUUGAUAAAGUUAUGAAGGUCUGGACUACAUUUGUGGAGCCAGUGCUUGGACUUGGUACUCAUCCUCAAGUUUCCAACGAUAGAGAAUUCAUCAAGAUGGACAGCAAUCACAUUGCUGAAACCAUCACUGGUGCUGUUGGUGAGAGGGUUAGGGGUCCUGCUAAUGCCAGUGGUGGCACUGUGAUUAAUUCCAGAUUACCAAACAACUUUUACAAAAAAGGAGAUGAAGGUCCUCAUCCCAAGCGCUCGAUUUCAUCCAGAGUUCACUUAGCUGAUACUAGUGAUUUAGUAAAAAAGAAUGGUACUCAUGCUGCAGCAGAUAGAUCUGCUUGGAAGAUUAAUGCUUCACGUAACCCACCUCACAUUGGCGAUUCACCAAGUGGUGUGAUUUCUGCUGAGCAGGAAGCCCAUUUAAGUGCUGCUGCAAGGAAGGAGACUCGUGGGAAAUUCGGUAGAGAAAAUAUUUGUGCUUUGCAAAUGGGUCCUAGUUUGAUCAGUCUUUGUGGAACUGCUGUGCAUAGUGGACUUGAGAUAAGAACUUGCAAAGAAGCUAAUGAGCUUAGGUUCACAAAAGCAGUGCAAGUCGACUGUCCAGCACUUAAAUCAGAAGAAUUACUAAAAUUUGAGAGAGAAGAGGGUGAAUUAUCUCCAAAUGAUGAUUUUGAUGUCAAUAUUGGAUCAAGUAAUGACCUAGAAGUUGCACUGGUACAAACUACAAAGGAAACUACCACUAACAAACAGUACCAAACUGGUGAUAGAAAAGAGUCAUGUGGUAGAGUGGCUAGAGGUGAAAAUGAUGCUGAUGGUGAAGGCGAUGAAAGUGCUCAAAGAACAUCAGAGGACACUGGAAAUGUAUCUGAACAUGGGGAUGUUUCAGGAAGUGAGUCUGCUGAUGGCGAAGGCUCUCAUGAUGAAGAUGGUGACCAUAAUGAAAAUGACAAGGCUGAGAACGAAGCUGAGGUGGAUGGUAUAGAUUAUGUCCAUGAUACUGAAGAUGGAAUUUCAUUGCCAUUGUUGGUAAGUGGCAUACAGACAACAGCUAAGCCUCUGAACACACUAGUUCCUUUAGCAUUGCAUGACAAGGAUGGAUUGAGAAUUUUUUAUGGAAACGAUUCCUUCUACAUGCUGUUUAGACUUCACCAGACCUUGUACGAGAGAAUGCAUAAGGCAAAGUUGCUUUCUUCUUCAGUUGAGAACAGAUGGAGAGGGUCAAAUGUUGCAAACCCCACUGACAUAUAUGCUAGAUUUAUGGCCGCACUCCGUAAUCUGCUUGAUGGUUCGUCGGACAAUGCAAAGUUUGAGGACGAUUGCCGAGCUAUCAUUGGAGCCCAAUCCUAUCUUCUCUUCACCUUAGAUAAGCUGAUAUAUAAAUUAGUCAAGCUGCUCCAAACGAUUGCAACAGAUGAGAUGGAAAACAAACUUCUCCAGUUAUACAUGUAUGAACAGUCAAGAAAGUCUGGGUUGUUAUUUGACGUGGUUUAUCAUGAAAAUGUUCGUGUUUUCAUUCAUGAUGAGAACAUAUAUAGAAUACAAUGUUCAUCUGCACCAACACAGUUGUCCAUUCAGCUCAUGGACUAUGGGUUGGAUAAGCCAGAAGCAGCUGGUGUUGUAGUGGACCCAAUCCUUGCCGCUUAUUUGAGUAAUGACCUACUCGCAUGUGCUACUGAGCAAAAGCAAAUUCGAGGAGUGUUCUUGAAGAGAAAUAAGAGAAAAUAUGCAUCGAUGAACGAAACUUACGCGACACACAAGGCAAUGGAGGGACUUCAAAUAAAGAAUAGUCUAGAGUGCAAGAUUGCUUGCAAGUCAUUGAAGGUCUCAUAUGUUUUGAACACGGAAGACUUCAUGCGUCGGGUAAGCAAACGGAGGAGAAUUCUGCCCCAAAGUCUAUCGUCCCACGGCCACACCAAUUCUUUGAAUGCUUCUUAUAGAGUGCAACGCUUCCGGAGUUUGCUUUUUAGGCCAUAACCGCAGGAUCCGGUCCAUUUGUGGGAGUUUGGAGGAGGCACAUCGAAGCUCGGUGCCUCAAAGGGGUAUAUUAGUAAUUUCUUCCCUGAAUCUUAUAUGUUUCAUUAAUAGUAUUUAUUUUGCAUACUUAAUCUACAACUCCAUAUCACAUACUCAUUUUUUAAUGUGUAGUUUCAUUAUUCAUUGCUAUUAAUCUAAUAUACUAUAGUGAUAGGU